UCAUUGUGGCUACGUGUAGGGACCAAACUAGACUUGUGGGGACCUGUGGACUGGUGUUGAAGCCUAUAGUUACUGUCUCGAGUUUUUGACCAUAUGCAUGACUGCUGGAAUAACAGAAGAAAUCAGGUACAUUUACCACAGGGAAGGAAAGGACCCUGAAGUUUAGCAAUGGAGUCCUUCUCUGCUGAGACCAAUUCAACUGACCUACAUUCACAGCCUUGGAACAAACCCCACAUAAUUUUCUCUAUGGUCAUUCUCAGUCUCACUUUUUUAUUGGGACUGCCAGGCAAUGGGCUGGUAUUGUGGGUGACUGGCCUAAAGAUGCAGCGGACAGUGAACACAGUUUGGUUUCUCCAUCUCACCCUGGCUGAUUUUCUCUGUUGCCUUUCUUUGCCCUUCUCCCUGGCUCACUUGGCUCUCCAGGGACACUGGCCCUAUGGCUGGUUCUUAUGCAAGCUUAUUCCCUCCAUCAUCGUCCUUAACAUGUUUGCCAGUGUCUUCCUGCUUACUGUCAUUAGCCUGGAUCGCUGUUUAUUGGUACUGAAGCCAAUCUGGUGCCAGAAUCAUCGCAAUGUGAGCACAGCCUUUGCUAUCUGUGGAUGUAUUUGGGUAGUGGCUUUUGUCAUGUGUAUACCUGUAUUUGUAUACCGGGAAACGUUCACUAUAGAUGGCCAUAAUAUGUGUGGCUAUAAUUUUGGUCUCUCCAGCUCAUUAGAUUAUUCAAGCUACAGCUAUGAUCUAGAUCUACUGAAAAAUGGGUCUCUUGACAACACCAUUGUUCAGCUGCCUGGAGAAGUGGAUGAUAAAUCAGAUCCUUCCUCUUUCCAAACAAAUGAUCAUCCUUGGACUGCCACCACUGUCUUUCAUUCUGAAACACUUCAAAGGCUGCCUGGAAAUUCAUUCCCUAUGGAUCCAGCAAGAUUAUCUACUCAACCUCCAUAUUACAAUGUACUUAAACCUGCCCAGGUGGUCUCACCCACAGUCCCCAGUCAGUUUCCCCUUGAAGAUCACAGAACUAACACACUGGGUAACUCUGAUAACUUUCUCUCUUCUAAUUCAGAGCUUUCCCCUAGUGCUCCUAGCAAUUUCUUCUAUGUGCCUGAGCUAUCACAUGAUUUCCAGGAUGAUUACUUAGACCAAUUCAUGUAUGACAACCAAGUGUCAACACCUCUGGUGGCCAUAACCAUCACGAGGCUAGUUCUGGGGUUCCUCCUGCCUUUUAUGAUCAUGGUGGCCUGUUACAGCCUCAUUGUAUGUCGCCUGCGACGAGGCAACUUCAUCAAGUCUCGAAGCAAAACGUUUCGAGUGGCUGUGGUGGUGGUGAUGGUCUUUCUUGUCUGCUGGACUCCAUACCAUAUUAUUGGAGUCCUAUUAUUGUAUAUCCACCCAGAAACUCCCUUUGGGGAAGUUCUGCUGUCCUGGGACCAUGUGUCUAUUGCUCUAGCAUCGGCCAAUAGUUGCUUCAACCCCUUCCUUUAUGCCCUCUUGGGGAAAGAUUUUAGGAAGAAAGCAAGGCAGUCCAUGAAGGGCAUUCUGGAGGCAGCCUUCAGUGAGGAGCUCACGCACUCUACCAGCUGUACCCAAAACAAAGUCUUUUCAGAAAGAAAGAGCAUCAGCACAGGUGUGUGA